AUGUCACCUCCUGCCGACGGUCGAAUGGGUAAAAGAGAGUCUGGUACAGCUCGGGUUUUGGGGUCCGGUGCAUCUGGUGUUGCCGAGCUUCUCGUGUUCCAUCCGGUGGAUACAGUAGCUAAACGAUUGAUGUCAAACAAAGCUGCCAUCUCCGCGACAGGAUUGAACAACAUCAUCUUCAGAUCAGCUGCUCAAGCACCAAUCACUUCAAAGUUCAUUUCUCUAUUCCCCGGAUUAGGUUAUGCAGCAGGAUACAAGAUCGCUCAGAGAGUGUACAAGUUUGGUGGACAACCGUAUUUCAGAGACAUGAUCGAUAAGAAUGGUGGAGGUUGGUUCAGAGAUACGUUCGGAAAGAAGAACGGUGGUAUGUUAAUGCAUGCCGCUGCAGGAAGGUGA